AUGAAGUAUAGUAGGAUAUUAUUGAAUAAUUGCUUACUUCGGAUUGAAAAUGCAAUCUUCAAGAAAGAUACCACUAAAAAUGCCACUAAAAUAUUCACUCAACCUGUCAAUAGCUUUGAGAUAUAUAAACCUAACCAAGAUCAAAAACCAUCAUUCUGGGGAGUGGUAGGCCCAGAUAAAUGCCAAUUUCUCGAAGUCAUAUCGUCAAAAUAUAUUGCUGAUCCACCGUUGUCAAGACUGUAUCCUCAUUUAGCUAAAGAUUUCAAAUAUCAUGAAAUACAAUUUUUAAAUUUUAGAGAUAGAUCAGGAUUGGAGAAAGUUCACAUGUCUGCUAGGUAUGAGUCUCUUGCAUCCAAGGGAGAGUUGGAAAUGUCUGAUAAUGUUAAUUCAGUAAAGAAUUAUAUCACAGGAGCUAACAAUUACAAUAAAACAGCAGAACAGUCACCUUACGUUGAUCAAUUAUUAGAUUUAUUCAAUUUGCAUCAUUUACAAGAUAAAUGGAUUAAUACUUUAAGUAAUGGACAAUUAAGAAGAGCUAGACUUGCUAAAUCAUUAAUAUCCCGUCCAAGUCUUUUAAUCAUCGAUGAUCCUUUCUUGGGAUUAGAUCCUCGUGCUACCCAACUUGUAUCCAACUCUUUAUUAAGAGUAAGUCAAGAUUUAGGUACUAGUAUUGUACUUGGAUUAAGAGUUCAAGAUGGAUUUCCAAAUUGGAUUGAUAAUGUGGCAUAUGUUGAUGAAACUGGGUUAAAAUUAAGUGGGAAUAAAGAUGCCAUUCAUCAACAAUUGGAGAAUGAAGUAGAAUCCAUUGAGAAAGUACAUCAUAUUCAUGAAAGACAUUUAUCAAAACAUAAAAACCCAGUUGAAAUAAAUAAUGAUUCGUUAAGACAACCAGACACCCCUCCACAUGUCGAGUUCAAGAAUGCAUCGGUAGCUUAUAAAGGCUUGACUAUUUUUGAAAAAUUUGACUGGGUUAUCCCAAAGGGAUCUAAAUGGAGAAUCUUAGGUGAUAAUGGUACUGGUAAAACUACAUUAUUAUCGCUCAUAACUGCUGAUCAUCCUCAAUCUUGGAAAUCAGUAAUGUCAAUUAAUGGUGUAGAAAGGAAAACUGGUAAUGGGGUGUCGUUUUUUGAUAUAAAUAAUAGAAUUGGUGUUUCAUCACCUGAAUUACAUGCAUUAGUACCUGAACAUACCAAAUCUAUGAAUCAAAUCAUUUUGAAUGGAUUAGUUCAAAAUGUAGGGAAUUCAAAUUUCUUAAUGAAUGGUAAACCAGAAGCAUUAACUGCAUUUGGUAAAGAUAUAUUACAUAAAUUUCAAGAUAGAUUAGAUAUUUAUGGUGAUACUAAAUUUACUGAUUUAAGUAUUACAGAUCAAAAAUUAACAUUGUUCUUACGAGCAGUGAUAAAAAAGCCAGAGUUGUUGAUAUUAGAUGAGGCAUUUUCUUGUAUGGAUGAUGAAGAAAUCAUGAUUCGGUGUCAUGAUUUAUUAGAGAAUGAAUUAAAGGAUGUAACUGUGCUCACCAUUGGUCAUAUUGAUUGGGAGGUUCCAAGAUGUGAUUAUUUAUUAAGAUUAUUAGGCGAUGAACAGAGAAGUUAUAAAAUAUUUAAGCUUACGUCAUAG